CUUCCUCCGGAACUCUAUUUAAAUGGCCCUAAAGACUUCACCAUUACGGAAAUAUUUUCCACCUCUGCACCACCGCACAAGCCCUCAGAUCCAUCAAUGGUGGUGGCCUCUUAGCUUUCCUCCUCUGCUUGCUCUCUUUCCCCCUCCCUCCGCUUGAAGACAAAAGCAGCAAAAAAAAAAAAAAAAAAAGGUUUCUUUAUUUUCAAGUUUUGAAACCUCAGAGGACAGCCUUCGGUUUAGCCUUUCUUAGUGGUGGUGUGAGAAGAUUUGACAUUGCCGAUUCUCCCGGGAAUCCACGAGGGAGGGUUCUUGGGAUCGGGGUGACGAAGUUAAGGCGUUUUCCAAUUCGAGCAAUCAGGGUUUUGUUAAGUGUCUUAUUCUUAUUAGGGUUUUGACUCUUUUUUAAAACUUAUUUCCAUUCAAUUAUUUAAUAUUUCACCCGGUCGUUUAUUUUUUAUUAUUUAUUUAUUUUUUUUGCGCUUUUUGUUCGGUUCUCUUCACAUAUCUGAAGUUAAAGAUCUCUGUUUUCUUUGUUUUUAUUAGCUGGUUGGCGUCCACCCCCUCCCCCUCCCCCCGGUUCUAACGUAAUAUUCUGCAAGCUGUUCAAUCUUUAUUCUGCAGUGCGUCCAUCCAAUUUCAAGGAAGCAAGAAAGUUAGGAUUUCUCUAGAUACAUUUUUAGAACUGAACCGAGAGAAAGCAGGAAAAAGAGAGAGAGAGAGAGAUCUUUUGUUCUUUCUUAGAAUAAGGAUAAAAGUAAAGUUGGAUUUGAAGCGAGAGCACAAGGCGGGAAGGCAUUUUGCGAGUCGUUUCUUCCCCCCGAUUCCUCGCCUCCAAAACCGGCUUUUAAUGGUGUCGGAGGUGGGCAAACGUAUGAGAAGUUGCGAAGAUAGUCACCACCAAAGGUUACCGAACUCUCAUUUCAAUUUGGUGCAAGCGAUACCUGAAUGAACGCCAGCUUUUGGGAGUUAUCUCUGCAAUCUUUAGGCGGAUUUCUGGUUUUGACUUGUUGAGACUUUCUUGUUUCAAAGAUUCUCAUUGCCUCCCAAAUAUCGGAGUUUAUUUGGAGAAUUAAGUUCGUCUCUCUUCCUUAAUGGUGCUCACUGCUCUGAGGUUAUCUUAACAAGGGAACAAGCAAAGACAUUGCCGUCGCUUAUACAGAUUAGGAAGUUCUAAAUUUUUGAUCCUUUUCUUAUCAUUACCUAGAAAAUCAAGACAGUCCUGCUUUUGCACCCGAACUCCUCGGAUGGGUUUAUUUCGGAGUACGAGUAUGAGAAGUGGGGACUACUUGGAAGGGAUGAUCGACGAUUAUGUUGCCGGAAAAGCUAAUAAGAUGAGGGCUCCUAAGAGUCCUUCUCGCCUGGUUGCUGCUCUCACCUGUCUUCAAUUUGCCUUUGCACUGUAUGCUACCUUUCUUCUCUACUACAUGAGCCCUUCUGUAGAUCUACGCACCAAACCAGACUUCUCAUGGGCCACCCGCAUUGCCCAACACUGGAAACAAUUCAUCGCACAGCCCCACACGCUCUCAAGCAUGCAAGAGAACCCUGUCGCCAUCUCCCCCUCUGUGGUGUGUGAGCACGAGCAAAUCGAUUUCUUACAGAAGAAAUCAGAUGAUGCACUAAUGAGAAGGCUCAAGAAGGAGCUUUACGAUGAAGUAUUGGAGUUUCAGAAGAAAAAUUCAGGGACGGAAACACUUGCUGAGCUCAUGAGGAUGGAAUCCAAAUGGAGUCCACGCGGUCCUAACAUCCCAAAGAUCACUGUAAUUUUGAACCAUUUCAAGAGGAAGACACUUUGUGCUCAGCUUGAUUCGCUGCUGAAUCAGACGUUGCCUUUCCACCAUGUCUGGGUCCUUUCUUUUGGGAGUCCCAAUGAGCUAUCACUGAAAAGAAUUGUCGAGGGUUACAACAAUCCAAGGAUCAGCUUCAUCAGUUCAAGCUAUGAUUUCAAGUAUUAUGGAAGGUUUCAGAUGGCCCUACAGACAGAAGCUGAUUUCGUUUACAUUCUCGAUGAUGAUAUGAUCCCUGGGAAGAAGAUGCUAGAGAUCUUGGCUCAUGUAGGAGGGACGGAGAAGUACAAGAAUUCUGUUUUGGGGAGUAUUGGAAGAAUUUUACCUUUCAGGCAGAAGGACUUCACUUUUCCAAGUUACAGAAAGUUCCGGUCGAAGGAGGCGGGGUUGUAUUUGCCUGAUCCUGCCUAUGACAUCACCAUUGAGAGAAUUGUGCAGGUGGACUUCUUGUCAAGUUCAUGGUUCCUAUCUGCAGAACUUGUCAAGGCAUUGUUUAUAGAGACCCCCGUUACCUUUAUGACUGGUGAAGAUCUGCAUCUCAGCUAUCAGCUUCAGAAGUACAGAAAUGCCGGCUCAUAUGUGUUGCCCGUUGAUCCAAAUGACAAGGAAACAUGGGGAGACAGCGAGCACAGGCUUGCUUAUGUCUCUGAGACCACAGUAAUUUUCAAGGACGUCGUCCGGGUCCGAGAUGAUCAAUGGUGGCGGGCCCUCUCUAGCGGUUAUGUUACUCAGUGGGCGGCAAUGCACCCUCAGAAAAUAGAUGCUCUUUUCUAUGCUCAUUCUCCUGAUGAAGUGAGGGCCCUCGCUCCUCUUCUCGAAAAAUUCCGUUCGACUGUAGGGAGGAAGGCUUACAUUGCUGUUUCUGGUGGUAGUUUUUGUCCCUGUGAAGAAGCUACGACUGUUCUCGAGUGGCCAAAGGUUGUCUGCAAGGAAAGGCGAUUCAAGAUCUUUGACCUAGGAAUUGGAGCAAUUUCAGGAGGAUCAAACUCAGAGGUCCCAGUGUUGCAAGCUGUCUACUCCAGCAUAAAAGGACUCGUCAAAAUUCACAACCCCAGUUUGCUGAUCACAGUUGCUGAUAUAGAUAUAAAUAUAAAGAACGCACUGAAGAUGGCGGCAGAGAGCAGUACAAAUCGCACUGCGCUGGUUCUUUUGCCUAGGCCUGUUAUUCCCAAGGUCCUCUGGAUGGCAAAUUUACGACCAACAGCACUGCCAAAUUGGAACCGGAUGCGAAUCUCUGUGAACAUCAUCACCCAAAACCGUGCAUCUUCUCUCCAGAGACUUCUUCGAUCUCUCCAGAAUGCCCACUAUCUUGGUGAUGAGGUCCCUCUGAGUUUCAACAUGGACAGCAAGGUUGAUGAGGCGACUCUUAAAAUUGUUGAAUCCUUAGAAUGGGCCCAGGGACCCAAAUUCGUACGGAGGCGUAUCAUCCAAGGUGGGCUGAUUCGAGCUGUGAGUGAGAGCUUCUAUCCUUCCUCUGACGAUGACUUCGGACUCCUGCUAGAAGAUGACAUCGAGGUGUCUCCUUACUACUACCUUUGGAUCAAGUAUGCACUCUUGGCCUACCACUACGACCCCCAAGUCUCUCUCCCAGAGCUCUCUUCCAUCUCUCUAUACACCCCGCGCCUCAUCGAGGUAGUAAAAGAAAGGCCCAAAUGGAACGCGACCGAGUUCUUCAAGAGUAUCCAUCCGAACACACCAUAUCUCCACCAGCUCCCUUGCAGUUGGGGGGCGGUGUUCUUCCCAAAGCACUGGAGAGAAUUCUACGCUUACAUGAGCUCAAGGUUCACCCAAGAUGCUAAGCAGAAUCCAGUUCAAAUUCCAAAGUCCAGGACUAACGGGUGGCAAGCUUCAUGGAAGAAGUUUCUUAUUGACAUGAUGUACCUACGAGGUUACGUUAGUUUGUUUCCAAACUUCCCCAACCAAACAAGCUUUUCGACGAACCACAUGGAGCCCGGUGCGCACAUCAGCGCGAAGGACAAUGCGCUGAAGCAUGACAAGGUGGAUUUUGAGGUACCGUUGAUGAAGGAUGAUUUCACGAGGCUCUUGCCAGCAGGGAAGUUGCCUCCAGCUUCCAAGUUGCCGAUACUAAACUUGUUCAACCAAGCAGUCUCUUUGAAAGGCCUCAAGGCAGCAGGGGCGAAGCUUGGGCAGGAUGUGAUCGGCUGCGAUGAAGCAGAGAUUGUCGUCGUUGAUCAUAGCACUGGAUUGCCAAGGAACUGCACAAAAUUCUGAGUUAUGAAUUUUUUUCUCCCCUUUUUUUCAACUAUAAAAAGGUACAUGAUGUAUUUUUUACUAUAACUCUUAUUUCUUGUUUCUGUUUUUAGGAUGGGGAAAAUCUAAUUGUAUUUAGAUGGCAAAAGCUUGUCAGGAAAAAGAAUGGCAGGACGUGUUGUCGUCUUCAAUACUGUGUACUACUGGAAUAUUGUUUGGUCGAAAUGGGAUAACUCAUCUUCUAAUUAUUGCUCCUGGUUUCUGAAGACCCUGGAAUGAAGGGUAUUUCUUAAUCAAUGCAGCCAAAAGUGGCUUAUAUUUA